CGUAGUCAAGGAAGCGGAAAAAUAACCGUACCUGAUUUUGGUUCUGAAACCCAAAACGAAAAAGGUAAAAUUGGUGUUACUAUUACAGGAAGGGCAAGAGAAUGCCAGAGAAAUCUUCAGCUCACAUGGUUACCUUUGGCCAACGUCUGUCACAAACCGAAGUAGCGUGAAUUUUGAGCAGAUAGACCAUGCCAUGCUGCACACUACCAAACAUGCUGUUAUAGCCUACCCAUACAAUGCCGUGUGGCUACAAACAUUGGGUGAUAUAUAUCUUGAUUCCAAAAAUUAUUCCUCGGCCCUGAAAUGUUACAUUGAGGCUGGAGCAUGUUCAUCGUGUCUGUYUUAUUCGUCCAUCCCAGUGACCGUCUGGGACACUCAGAUAUUCAAGAAGAUGGUUGAAUGCUGUAUGGAGCUGAAGGCAUACAUUSAGAUUCAAACCAUAAGUCAAGCGGAAUUGAAUAUUUUUAACAAUCAGGAUAUUCUGGACCACGCUGAAAGCAUCCGAAAAGCUUCAUUAUUCCGUACUUUAGCGAAGCAGUAUCUUUAAGUGUACCGUUGCCACUCAAUUUACCAAUAGUGAUAAGAUCCAGAUAAAAUAAUUGACGAAAUAGUGAACGAAAACAAAUAAAAAAACGUAAAAAGA